AAUCAGUGUGUGCGCAUGGCGAGAAUGCUUCUGUUCACACAAAGAAAAUAAAGUGCUGCGGUCGUAAAGAGACGAGGCAUUUCAUUUAACGAUACAUCUGCCUUUAAUGCUGCUUUUAUGCAUAUUGACAUGAUUUAUUAAUAAUUAAAGAAACACUUUAUAGUAAUACUAAUUUGACCGACCAUAUACCAUUAGUAAAAUAUAUAAUUAAGCAACUAAUAAAUGGAUGUGGUCGCAAAGGAAGUAUUGCAUGAGUAUAUACUGUGAUUAUUUUAGUGCACAAGAUCAAAAUGUGGAUAGGUGUAAUAUUGGUGUUAGGUUGUGUUAUUCCCGAAACUUUAGGAAAUACAGAAUGUCCACAUCUGUAUCCCGGCCCCAACAUGGUUUUGUCCGCGGUAGAAGGCUUCAUUGGGGACCAGCCAGUGACAGUGACGUGCAAUGACGGUUACAAGCUAGAUAUGGGUACGGUGGAGAAACAAGUCGCAUGUCUCCUGGUGAAGAACGUUGCACAGUGGAACGACUCUCUUGGAACGUGUCAACUAAAGACUUGUCCACCUAUCGAUACCAUUCUUACAUCUACGAUGUCGCCAGCUGCUGCAAUUACACAUCACGUGGGUGAUCGCGUGAACGUCACGUGUCUAGACGGUCACGUGUUCAGCAUAAACCACGCGGUGUCCGGAGAUGGACGGUUGAGUGACACGGCUGUGGCGGUAUGCAAAAACGACCCGAAUGGUGUGAACGGCACUUGGUCUAAAAUUGGCAAUUGCACAGUAAUCGUCUGCGACAUCCCGCCGAAUCUCCCAAACGCCAUUCUAAACUACACAGACCUAUCGUGGAAUGCAACCGUCAUUUACACGUGCUUGUCGGGAACAAGUGUGCACGAGAACGUCUACACGCUUCUGGCCACGUGCAACCGCAGUGCAAACUGGGAAACGGUGUAUGGAUACGACUUGCACCUCUACCAGUGUUCCGAGGACAGUCGGUAUAUUGGUUGCCUCAGUAACGGAACGCUCGAUGUGUCCAGUCAGACGGAACCGAACAACAAUGGACUCGAGGCGUGCGUCAAAUAUUGUAUGACGUCCAAUGCAAGAUAUGCUGGUAUCCAGAACUCCACUUGUUUUUGCGGUGAUCGUCUUACCCCAGGAUACACGUCGGAAAAGAGGUCAGCUUGCAGCCAACGCUGCCCAGAUUAUGACGUCACGGACGUAUCGACGCAGGCAUUCUGUGGGGGCCCUGCAGGGCUUAUCGACGUUUAUCUUACGCUAGAUGGCUGCUACGAUGGUCUCAUUACGACGGGUUUAUCGCCUUUUCCCGUGCCGGAAGCUGUGGAGAGUACGUGCUCAGAAAUGUGCAGAGCUCGAGACAACACACAUGCCGUUGUAUACAGCGGAUAUAUGUGCGCCUGCCUGAACGUGACGUCAUCUAUAUCGUCAUCACUAAUCCGCGUAAGAGACGCAAAGUGUCGCAAUACGACGGCGAAUGCGGUUUUCAAUAUAACAGAUUUAGAUGGUUACCCAGUCUGGGCUGUGAACUGUUCAAGUCUGUACGAGAGCGGGAUACGAGUUCGCGGGGAAUACUACCUGAAGGCUCCCGCAAGAAGGGAACAUUGCUACUUUAAAGAUGGAACGGUGUGCGAGGAAGGAUGGAUCGGCUACCAUGGUAACUGUUACUACUUCCACAACGACACGACCUUGAACUACAGCGACGCCAGACAGCGGUGCAUGUCUCAGAACGCCGAGUUGGUCUCCAUUCUUAGCGAGGACGAGUAUAAGUUUCUGGCCGACACAAGAACUAUGUUCCCGGACCUAAAACCUGACGUUAGUGUCUCGGAGUGGUGGAUUGGAAUGAUUGACGUCAUGAACACGUCAAUUUACACGUGGCUGGACGGCAACAUGAGGACGUUCUCGAAGUUUACCAGGGAACCACAUGACCCGUUUACGUCGUGCGCUCAAGACAAGGCUACCCACUACGAAUGGUCCGAGACUUCGUGUGAACACGUCAAGAACGUCAUGUGUAAGAAGACUGCAGGACCAACGCCCUACUGCGUUUCCAUGAUAACGAUACCAACAGGCAUCCAGGCGGAGACCAGAGCAGAUAUGUCGCUUUCCUUCUGCGCGCAGUUCUGUAAAGGCCAGCAGACGGACAUCAUGAUGUUGCGCAAUACCACUUGCUUAUGUGACGUCACGUUGCCGGCUCACAUGACUCUUAACGUGACAGAUUGUGACCUUGAGUGCGCCGGAAAUGAAUUUCAAUUUUGCGGCGGAAAUGACAUUAAUGUUUUCAGCGUGAGAAAUGUAACGGAGGUGUCCGCGGCGCGCUCGUGCGAGGAGCUCCAACUGAUCAGCAUCGACAACAGCACAUUCGCCGUCCAACCGGAAGACAGCCUGGAGUACCACUACUGCGGGGAGGCGGCAUGCGAGUAUGGCUGGGUUAUACUAGAUAGUCACUGCUACAAGUUCAACAUGAUAGGAGAGACGAGCUCCGAGGCUGUCACCGAAUGCUCCAAACACGACGCCUACACCGUUACCAUAGAAACUGUGGAGGAAAUGGAGCGAGUGCUCGCUGCGGCUACUAAUAUAAGUAUCUACAGCUCCGAGGCGUCCUGGCGGCUGGGCAUGCAAGCGCUCUCCAUGAACGGAGGCCAAUUCGUCUGGGCAAACGGACGCUGGCCCAACAUACCGGCGGUCACCAUCGCCGGCAAGGCGGGCCCGACCGUCACCGUCGGCAUCUCCAACCACGCUCUCUGGACAGCCACCGUCGACAAAGACCAUGUGUAUAUCUGCGAAAAAAGUGAAGAUUAUUACGGUUGCUACGGCAACGACGGGGUAACCAUGAUGAUUGAAGACUACAAUCAAAUGACCAUACAACAGUGCGUGGAAACAUGUCGAGCCCAGAACUAUACGAUGGCGUUCGUCAAUUCAACUUUUUGCGCAUGCGCGUAUGGAACAUCCGGUCUAAAUAGACCUGGAGAGUGUUCCAGCACGUGCUCUGGUCAGGAUAAUCAAAUAUGCGGAGGCACAGAUGGAGCUAUGUCGGUGUACAAUAUAAGUGCGUACCCCGCCUUGGCCAGUUCUUGUAUGGAGUUGUUCUACAAGGGAAUCUUCUUUUCGGGCGAGUAUUUGAUUGGCGGUAACCUUCAAACCUGCAAAAUCACGGAUGGCGGCGCAUGUACACGGGGAUGGAUCAGUAUUGGCGGGAGUUGUUACAAGCACUUCCCGGUCUCGGCUCAUCACUCACACGCUAAGAUUUGUCGAGAAUACGAUGCCGUACCGACAUCCGUACACAGCUCGUCGGAAUACCAUACCCUGAUGGCGUACCUCGCGCGGACUAAUUUCCAUGGAAAAAAGACGAAAGCCUUUUCCGGCAUAAAAAGCGGCCUAUACGGAAUGGGACUAUUUAUCAGCGCGGACGGAAUCUUGACGGAUCUGGGACUGAUCACAACACAGGCCUUACCAAACAGAGAUCUGAGGCAGGCGCCAGAAUACAUAUCUUUCUCUCAUGACGUUUCGGAGACAUAUGCUGACGGAGGUGUCGUCUGCAAAGUUGACAAAUAUCGCAUUGGGUGUUUCGAUUUGCCCAACAACCUUGUUAACGUAAAACUGCGAGACUUCCCUUCCAUAGAACUGUCUCUAUGUCGUCAGUUGUGCAUAUCCGCAGAAAGACCCGUCUUUCUGGUCGGUAAGGACUUUUGCGCAUGCGUCAACGAAAGUGACGUCACAGCAAUGGUUCCCAACACGAGCCACGGUUGUAAAGAACCGUGCUUAAUCCAUUCGGACCAAAUGUGCGGCAACGGCUCUGUCAUUUGGGCAUACCAUACAGGGGAAAACGAGCUUUCCUUCGCAUCGAACUGCAGCCAUCUUUAUAGAACCGGUGUUCUGCUAGAUGCUACGUACAAAAUAAGGUCCGCUAGCGGAGCGUUUGUACGCCAGAGAUGUGGAUUUUCCGACAACACAACAUGUCCGCCUGGAUGGUUAGGAUAUCAAGGAGCGUGCAUCAAAUUCAGCGACGUGUCUUUAACAUUCAAAGAGGCUAGAAACAUAUGCGCCACGACCGACUCCUUUCUUUUUAAUCCAUACAUUGAUUUUACGACCAACUUUGUACAGGGCUUUUUUAACGAAUCCGGUCUAUUUGACGACGCGGAUGAGUUCUUCACCGGACUAUUUCCCGUGACGUUUAACACGUCGUACACUGCUUCCGAUGGACAAGUUGGGUACACAAAUUUUGCUAGUGAGACUGAAAUUCCUGUGCUUGCAACAGCUUAUAGGAAAAGUACACAACAAUGGGUGGCUGGACCAAACAAAGCGCUCUUUGUAUGUCAGCUAAAUGAAGGUUAUCUCGGCUGCAAAACGAUCACCUCUCCUCCUGAUUUCAACUUCACAAAGAUCGCCAAUAAUUCAUUAACCCAGUGCGCACAGCUCUGCAUCGGAAGCGAGGCCAACUACUCCGCUACGUCACGUGACACGUGUCUAUGCUUCAAUGACGCACCAGUUAUGUCGUCUUCUAGCGGGAAGUGCAGCUUGAUUUGCGACGGUAACCCCGCACAGAUUUGCGGCGGAACGGACGGAGAUAAACAGACGUUCAAUGUUAUAAACAUAAUGCCAUGGGAGGGGAUAACGGGCACCUGCUCUGACGUCUUUCGGUUCGGAAUGUCACAUCCGGGACGCUACCUCCUGCGAUACAACGUCACUGAGCCGUUUAUCAAGACUCGGUGCUUCAUGAACCCCCCCUAUCUGAGUCACGUGACUGACGUUAAAUCGAUAUGGGCAACAACGUCGCUUUCCGGAUACCCUGCUUCUGACGUCAUGUAUAAACACGGAUGGACUCACGCAUGGAAACCGAAAGUGAACUCUACGAGCCAGUCUGUGACUAUAAUACUUGCAGACGAAUACCUGAUAACGUCCUUGACAUUUAAAGGCAUGCACACCUCAAUCAUGACGUCAUUUUUGACGUCAUACGGGCUACGUUACCGUGAUCAUCUCUCUGAGGAGCUGGUCAGCGUAAACGUCAACGAAAGCGCCAACAUCUCAACAGGCUGCGAGUCCAGUACUGACCAGUGUUUGACCAUCUUCACUGACCCCUUUGUGACCAGCGAGCUCCGAGUACAGCCGCUAACGUGGUCGUCUUCGAUAGCACUACAACUGGCUAUCGGCGGACAGAGAUUCAGUGAAUUUAACCACACUGAGACCUACGUCGGGUGUCAUCCGGACUACGGCAACAAGUUCAUCAACACCAACAAUGUGCUGAAUGUCCCGACAUGCAUUGCUCUCUGUAAAGAUACACACAAGCAGCCGUUUUCUUUUUUAGAUGUAAGCGGGAACUGUUGGUGUGGCACAGUACAUGAAUUAGGCUUUGUUGAGGAAGACAACUGCGCUCUGAACGCUUCUACUUCCCGUCGUUUUGGGACCGGACUUUACCGCGCUCUACAUAGGACUUACCACAAACAUUGUGAGGAUCCGGAUAUAAAGGCUGUUUACCGUGGCAAUCUGACUGCGGUGAAACACUACAGCGGAAGUGAGGUGCACAUGUUUAUGACGUCACUUAAUUACACAUGUGACGUGGGAUAUGAGGCAUCGCUCGGAGUGACUGUUCAGCAGUCAUUUUGCAGACAGAACAACACGUGGAGCGCGCUGAAGAACUGCACGAUCAUUUCUUGCCCAUCGUUUAACGUCACCAACGGAAAUGUGACGUUUACGUCACUGACGUACGGUAGCCAAGCGGUGGUAGAGUGCGAGCAGGGAUUCUGGGCGGAAAAUGGCCAAACAUCGAUGUCUGUCACGUGUCAGCACAAAAAGACGUGGACGAUUGAGCCCACUUGCGCAGUCGACAAUCUGAAGAAGAAGCAGCGUCGCUUCCUCAUCAAAAUGAGCACCAUAAGAAACGCUUCCGGUGCGGAUAAGGAAGUAAUGGCCAGAGGGCGCCUGGACUGCGCAACGAAGUGCGCAAGCGACUACUAUUGCAGGGGAGCUAAUUUCCGCGAGACUUCCGGCUCUGGUGGCGCCACGGGCACCUGUCGUUUAUUUUUGAACGAUACGGACGGAAGUGACCUUUCAACCGACCCUGAAUGGAAGUAUUUAGAAGUUAUGUAAAAUUGGAUUCGAACCAGUUACUUUACUUAUUGUCCUGACAGAAGACUAGUGUGAAGGCAAUUUAAGACUGUGUUUCGCAUAAGUUCAUGUUAACAUAACAGACUAUUAUUGUUCGAAGAAGGUAUAUAUACUAAAAAUAAAUGUCUUUUUAAAAAGG